AGGGAGAGAAGACAAGCUCUCUGGCCCCCUUCUGCUUUAAAAAGCCACUUGAGCUCCGCGGGCAGCUUGCUGGCCGCUCCCUUCCCACGCCUGGACCAUGCCCCGUAGCCGCUUCCUGCGCGGCCACAGGCGAGGGCUCGGUAUCUGCAGCUGAGAGCUAAAACUUUUUUUUGACUUUUCUUUCCCCCAACAACUGAACCAUGCCAUGUGCUCAGAGGAGCUGGCUGGCAAAGCUCUUGAUGGUGGCUCAGCUUCUUAGCUUUGGGGCUUUUUGCCACGGGAGACAAGCUCAGCCCGUCCCGGUUCGCUUCCCAGACCCGAGGCAAGAACGUUUUAUCAAGGCCCUGCCCGAAUAUCACGUGGUGGGGCCAGUCCAAGUAGAUGCCAGCGGACAUUUCCUGUCUUACGGACUGCGUCAUCCUGUCUCCAGCAGCAGGAGGAAGAGAGCCGCGGGCGGCUCUGAGGACAAGGUGUACUACAGAAUUUCACACGAAGAAAAAGACCUGUUUUUCAAUCUGACGGUCAACAGGGAAUUUCUUUCCAAUGGCUAUGUCGUGGAGAAGAGAUACGGGAACCUUUCCCAUGUGAAGAUGGUGGCUUCCUCUGGCUCACCCUGCCAUCUCAGGGGCACAGUUCUGCAGGAGGGCGUCACAAUCGGGACAGCAGCCCUCAGUGCCUGCCAAGGACUGACUGGAUUUUUCCAUCUACCACAUGGUGACUUUUUCAUUGAGCCUGUUAAAAAGCAUCCACUGACGGAAGAAGGGUACCACCCUCAUGUCGUAUACAGGAGUCCGGAGACAAAGGAGCCCACCUGCGGAUUAAAGGACAGUCUCGGUAACUCUCAGAAGCAAGAGCUACAGAGAGAGAAGUGGGAGAGGAGAAACUCACCAAGCAGAAGCCUCUCCCGGCGCUCCAUAAGCAAGGAGAGAUGGGUGGAGACACUUGUGGUGGCUGACACCAAAAUGGUUGAAUACCAUGGAAGUGAGAACGUGGAGUCCUACAUCCUUACCAUCAUGAAUAUGGUCACCGGGUUGUUCCAUAACCCAAGCAUUGGCAAUGCAGUCCACAUUGUCGUGGUUCGACUCAUUCUACUUGAAGAAGAGGAGCAAGGAUUGAAAAUAGUUCACCAUGCAGAGAAGACACUGUCCAGCUUCUGCAAGUGGCAGAAAAGCAUCAAUCCCAAGAGUGACCUCAACCCUGUCCAUCACGAUGUGGCUGUUCUUAUCACCAGAAAGGAUAUCUGUGCUGGUGUCAAUCGCCCUUGUGAAACUCUGGGGCUGUCUCAAUUGUCAGGAAUGUGCCAGCCUCACAGGAGUUGUAACAUCAAUGAAGAUUCUGGCUUGCCCCUGGCUUUCACCAUCGCCCAUGAACUCGGGCACAGCUUUGGCAUCCAGCAUGAUGGAAAAGAAAAUGACUGUGAGCCUGUGGGCAGGCACCCAUACAUCAUGUCCCAGCAAAUUCAGUAUGAUCCCACUCCACUGACAUGGUCCAAGUGCAGCAAAGAGUACAUCACUCGCUUCCUGGACCGAGGCAGGGGAUUCUGUCUUGAUGAUAUCCCCAAAAAGAAAGGCUUGAAGUCCAACGUCAUUGCUCCAGGGGUGAUUUAUGACGUUCAUCACCAGUGCCAGCUCCAAUAUGGCCCCAAUGCUACGUUUUGCCAGGAAGUGGAAAAUAUCUGCCAGACACUGUGGUGCUCUGUAAAAGGCUUCUGUCGCUCGAAGCUGGAUGCUGCUGCAGACGGGACACGCUGUGGUGAGAAGAAGUGGUGUAUGGCUGGAAAGUGUAUCACAGUGGGGAAGAAACCAGAGAGCAUCCCUGGAGGCUGGGGACGCUGGUCACCCUGGUCCCACUGCUCCAGGACCUGUGGGGCGGGAGCUCAGAGUGCAGAGAGGCUCUGCAACAACCCCGAACCAAAGUUCGGAGGGAAAUACUGCACCGGAGAAAGAAAACGCUAUCGCUUAUGCAAUGUCCACCCCUGCCGCUCAGACACCCCAACUUUCCGGCAGAUGCAGUGCAGUGAAUUCGACACUGUUCCCUACAAAAAUGAAUUCUAUCACUGGUUCCCAGUGUUUAAUGCAGCGCAUCCUUGUGAGCUGUACUGCAGACCCAUAGAUGGACAGUUUUCUGAGAAAAUGCUGGAGGCCGUCAUCGAUGGCACCCCUUGCUUUGAAGGCGGCAGCAGCAGAAAUGUCUGUAUUAAUGGCAUAUGUAAGAGGGUCGGCUGUGACUAUGAGAUUGACUCCAAUGCUACUGAGGAUCGCUGUGGUGUGUGCCUUGGCGAUGGCUCUGCCUGUCAGACUGUGAAGAAGCUGUUUCGACAGAAGGAAGGAUCUGGUUAUGUUGACAUCGGACUUAUUCCCAAAGGGGCAAGGGAUAUAAGGGUAAUGGAAAUCAAAGCAGCUGGAAAUUUCCUGGCCAUUAGGAGUGAAGAUCCAGAAAAGUAUUACCUCAAUGGAGGGUUUAUUAUCCAGUGGAAUGGAAACUAUAAACUGGCAGGGACCGUCUUCCAGUAUGAUCGGAAAGGAGAUCUGGAGAAGCUGAUAGCUCCAGGCCCCACCAACGAGUCAGUGUGGAUCCAGCUACUAUUCCAGGUGACUAACCCUGGUAUCAAGUAUGAGUACACCGUCCGGAAAGAUGGCCUUGACAAUGAUGUGGAGAAGUUGCUGUACUUCUGGCAGUUUGGCCGCUGGACAGAAUGCAGUGUAACGUGUGGGACAGGUAUCCGUCGCCAGACGGCUCACUGUGUCAAGAAGGGCCAUGGGAUAGUGAAAGCUACCUUCUGUAACCCAGAAACACAGCCCAGUGGGAGACAGAAGAAGUGCUAUGAAAAGGAUUGUCCACCCAGGUGGUGGGCAGGGGAGUGGGAAGCAUGUUCGACGACAUGCGGUCCCUACGGAGAAAAAAAGAGAACAGUGCUGUGUAUCCAGACCAUGGGCUCUGAUGAGCAGGCUCUCCCAGCUACAGACUGCCAGCACCUGCUGAAGCCCAAGGCACUGGUUUCCUGUAACAGAGAUAUUCUGUGUCCAUCAGACUGGACAGUGGGCAACUGGAGUGAGUGCUCGGUUUCCUGCGGUGGUGGAGUGCGGAUUCGCAGUGUCACCUGUGCCAAGAACCACAAUGAACCUUGUGACAAGGCACGGAAACCCAACAGCCGAGCUCUGUGUGGCCUCCAGCAGUGCCCAUCUAGCCGCAGAGUUCUGAAACCCAAUAAAGACAUAGCUCCCAGUGGGAAAAACCAACCAACAUCAGAGUAUGACCCCUUCAAGCCCAUCCCUGCACCCACAUCCAGGCCCAUGCCGCUGUCCACGCCCACAGUGCCUGGGUCUAUGAGCACAAGCACCACAGCAAUCAACAACCUUGGCCCCACUAUGGCACCCGAAGAUGGGAUAGGAUGGCAGCAUACUUCAACCCAAACUAAAGAGGACUCCCACUACCUUACUUCCUCUGGAAGCACUUCCCAGGCCCCCUUCACUUCCUGGUCUGUAAGUAUCCAGCCCGAUGAUGAAAAUGUUUCUAGUUCGGCUAUAGGUCCUACUUCAGAGGCUGACUUUUGGGCAACAACAAGUGAUUCCGGCUUAUCAUCUAGCAAUGCUGUGACUUGGCAAGUAACCCCAUUUUAUGACCCCUUGACCACGGAUCCGGAAGUGGAGAUACACAGUGGCUCAGGAGAAGGCAGUGACCAGCCUAUGAACAAGGAUGAAAACAACUCUGUGAUAUGGAACAAGAGCAGGGCACCUGAGCACGCGUCUUCCAUGGAGAGGAAUGCAGAAAUACCACUCGGACCUCCACCAACAUCUUACGUCGGGGAAGAGACUUCAUGGCCUCCCUUCAGUGCAAUGAUGAAAGGCUCACUACCUGACUGGUCCCUUAAAAACGAGACACCCAGAGCUGAGGGGAUGAUCACUGAAAAACCAAGGAACAUUCCACUCCCGCCUGGAGGAGGCCAUCAGCCAACGCCCUCAGAAAAGUUAGAAAACCAUGACCACUUGGCAUUGCCAAACGAUACAAAUCCAACCCAAGGCUCUGGGCCUGUCCUGACGGAGGAAGAUGCAUCAAGUCUGAUUGCUGAGGGAUUUCUGCUAAAUGCUUCCAAUUACAAGCAGCUUAUGAAGGACCCCAGCCCUGCACACUGGAUUGUUGGAAACUGGAGUAAAUGCUCCACCACAUGUGGGCUGGGGGCCUACUGGAGGAGUGUGGACUGUAGCACCGGCAUGGACGCUGACUGUGCAGCCGUUCAGAGGCCAGACCCUGCUAAGAAGUGCCACCUCCGCCCCUGCGCCGGCUGGCGAGUGGGAAACUGGAGCAAGUGCUCCCGAAACUGCAGUGGAGGCUUCAAGAUUCGUGAGAUUCAGUGCAUGGACAGCCAGGACCACCACCGGAGCCUGAGGCCAUUUCACUGCCAGUUCCUGGCUGGCCUUCCUCCUCCCCUGAGUAUGAGCUGUAACCUGGAGCCUUGUGAAGAAUGGCAAGUGGAGCCCUGGAGCCAGUGUUCUAGGUCCUGUGGAGGCGGUGUUCAGGAGAGAGCAGUCUCUUGCCCGGGCGGCCUCUGUGAUUGGACAAAAAGACCUGCGUCCACUGUGCCCUGCAACAGGCACCUUUGCUGCCACUGGGCCACUGGGGAAUGGGAUCUGUGUACCACUUCCUGUGGCGGCGGCUCUCAGAAGAGAACUGUUCAUUGUAUCCCCUCAGAAAACAGUACGACUGAAGAUCCAAACCAGUGCCUCUGUGACCACGAAGUCAGACCCCCAGAAUUCCAAAAAUGCAACCAGCAAGUCUGUAGGAAGAGUGCUGAUUUAACGUGCACGAAGGACAGGCUUUCAACCAGCUUCUGCCAGACGCUAAAAUCCAUGAAGAAAUGCUCUGUGCCCUCAGUGAGAGCACAGUGCUGCCUCUCAUGCCCGCAGACACAGAGCAUCCACACCCAAAGGCAAAGAAAACAGCAGGUGCUCCAAAAUCAUGGCACCCUCUAGGUUCAGAAAGAAGCCGUCAUCACCAACCUCCAAAGCCUGCGGCUCGAGAACAUGGUCCAGAAGGCCGCUUCAUUACCAUUUCACUUUACACAUGCUAGGUUCAACUAUAGAUCACAACGAAACAAAAUGCAAUGUGUUUGUCUAGCUGCAAAAUGUUCCUCAUAGAAAGCUUGGUGCUAGCUGCUCCCUGAUGGGAAGACAAAGUAAGUAUGUGAGAGAAUUCUGAAGCAGCUGAGAUGAGUGCCUGGGGAAAGAACCCGAUUAGGCAAGUCUGUGAAAAAAGAUGUCUUUUCCCCUUUAAAGAUUAAAAAUAGAGAACAGCUUUUUUCCAAACUACCUCAAGAAUAUCAAGAAACAGCCACACUUACCCAGGGAACAGAGAAUCUUUUUAAUUUGUCUUCAAGAAUAUAUCCUCCUUGGCUUCCUUGGGUAGCCCCGGGGGCAGUUUUUAGGAACAUUUAUUCACUAGUCAAUAAGGACGGGAAGAGAAGGCUAGCUGACCCUCAGUCUCCCCUCCAUCCCUGCAGGACUUCACAACUGGAAGUCUAAAAUCUUGGGACAGACCACGGAGGUUCGGGACUAAGGACACACAGACGUCGAUGCAGCCCGAGGGGAUUAGCCCAAUGAUGCAGAAGGUCAUCUCUAACUUCAGUUCAGUUUCUAUUAAAAAGGCAAAUGAGCACAGAUCAACCUCUUGCUAGCAGAAGAAAGAAAAUGUGGCCUUUGUUCUUUGAAUUGUCCUGGCUUUGUCAAUUCCGUCACACAACAGAUGAAUGUCCCUGCCUACCAUUCUCUCUCCUGUCCUGCCUCUAUCUGGGUCAGGACCUCAGGUCCAAUCAUCAUCUUCAGCCCAGAAGGAUUAUAUACGAAACUUCUAUAACCAGGGUGCUGGCUCUCAACUCACCCUAUCUCUCCUGAGAGAAAAAGUGAAGUUAUAAAGGUUAAACCACUUCAAAGAAUCAGGUAAAUUGUACUGUCUAAGAAUUUAGUAGAAAUGUAUACUUUAGUUAGAAGGAAAAAAAAUUCUAAGAACUGGGAGAGAUGAUCUAGUUAGUGUACCCAUUAGUGACUUUUAAAAGUCUUUUGCCUCUAGAGAUAUAGAACUGGGGCAGAAUUCAUAUUUAGCAUGUGCAAGGCUGUAAGUUUGAUCUCUAGCGACACACAUGCAUGCAUAUAUUUGUACACACAGAUCAAAAACAAAGGCUAGUUUACUUUGUGGAGACCAGGCAAGUCAAGAGGAUCCAGAUCACUGAGAUAAAAGUCAGAAUGCUUAUUCCAGCCAUUGCCCCCUACUGAAGGCAGAGUAGGCUGUGAUCUCAAACUCAGAGCAAAUCUCCAGGCGAGCCUGUGAACUGAAGCUAGACAGGAAGAAUGGGUGUGUGGAGAGAUGUAAGCCCCAGAGAGAGACCCCAGAAUGAGCUCUUGAGAGGAGGCAGUGUGUGCCUGCCUGUGAUGGACUGCAUAGUUGUAGGCAUAUGCACCAAUAUACAUCAUCUUCACUCUGGAAUACAGUACCCCAUAACUCCCUGUAGUUACCUGUCUGUUCAGCAGAAUGGUGCUAUUGAACCUGGUGCUAAUACCCAGAUGUUGGCAGAGCUAACAGAGCUAGUAGUCAUAUGAAUGGCUAAGCAAAUAAGAACUUCCAGAUAGACAUCUUCGGCUUUGUGUGAGAUGGUGUUGCUGGCCAAUGCCAGUUUCAUUUGCUCUGAGACCAUGAACACAACAUUAUAUAUUAUGUGCUUUUAAUUUUUUUUUUUUUUUUUUUUUGCUCUCUGAGACAGAAUUUCUGUGGGUAGCCCUGGCUAUAGACAGGCUGGCCUCCAACUCACAGAGAUCCUCUGCCUCCCGAAUGCUGGGAUUAAAGUGUGCACUGCCACCGCCCGGUACUUCUAAACUCUUUAUCAAGCCACUCGUGUGCAUUAUUCUGAUCAGUUCCUGUGGAAAACAAAGCACUGGGCUUUGGAUAAGAUUCAAGGUAUACCAGAAACAGGAGAAAGUACAUAUUUGCUGAAGCCAGGGAAUUUAUGUGUAGUUAAGCAUACUUUCUUGUAUCCUAUCUUUAAAUAUAAACGUUGCUGGUCAAUGACAAACUCUGGUGAAACAGCAAUUUCAGAGAAAUACUUACAUUAUUCUGGGAGUGGGAGGAAUGGAGAGGUAGAGGAGAAUCUGACUUUUUCUAAUGAGAAAAUUUGCAAAGACUAGUAGUCUAGGCUUUCAGAGGGAUUAAUUUAGUAAGCCAUGUGAAUUUAGCUUAAUCUGGUACUGUUCUAGCACAGGGUAAAAGUACAUGACAUCAGAGUCCUGGGUGUGACCAGGCUUAGAAAACUCAGGAACAAACCUGGAUUCCUACUGACCUCAACAAACUAAACUAGGCCAGAUUUCCCAAUGCAAAAAUAAAUAAAUAAAUAAACCAUGUCAUUUGUUGCCCGUGUGGUGGAGAACAUAAAAAGCCUUGUGGAGAGGGUCUGGCCAGGUGCUCCAUUCUAGAUUUUUCUCCAGUUCCUCAAACACAGGAAAUAGACCUCUGAUCACACAUCAUGGACAUCCCUUUCCUCUAUCAUAGUGAGACUGUUCUAUGGCACGUGGCAUUUGUGUUUGCUGUAGGACUCAUCAGUCAGCUGCUUGGCUGUGGGUUAUUGGAACACCAUAGAUCCUUGGUGCUUGAAAUGCUAGAAGAACCUUGAAUAUCAGGAUGACUGUGAUAGCAAGAACUGGAUAGUGUCUUCACAGGAUCAAAUAUGAGGCCUUGAUACUUUUCACCCAUGUCCUCCUUCAGUAACACCUUGAAGGUAUGAGUAAGAAGUUCAGCAAGAGACACUGGAUUAUACAUUUACCAUGAGCCAGAGAGGUCCACCACAGGACCUUGUGCUUAAAUACAUCAUGUUGGGUUUACAUUGCUUUUCAGAGUGGUAGACUUAGCCCUUCUCCAAAAAGUAAUAGGCUAUUUAAUUCUUGAACAUCAAAAACAGUAUUGUGCCAUAAGAGAACAAUGUUCCUGGAAACUUCAUAGUGAAUACUUUAUUCAAGUCGUGAAUCAUAUCCUGUAACAAAUGAUUGCUUUCUUGUGUAGGGUUAACUGUUCAGUCAUAGGUUUUCUUAAACAAGAACACACACACCUCCUUCUGCUCUCCUGAGACAGGCAUGUCUCCACUGGCAUUCCAUUGCAAUGCUUUCAGAGAGUCUGUUUUGAACAAGCUCCAUUAAGAAUCUGAAGCACAAAUUGGAUGGAUUAUAUUAUUUCAGACCCUAACUUCCCUUCUAGCUAGCUGAAGUUCUCUGAAAGCUACAUAUUGCAAACCAAAGAGAAUACAAGUCUUAGCUUUUCUCCUUUCUCACUUCAAGAUGAAGCUCUGGAACAGCCUGACUGGUGCUCAAUUCACAGUGAUCUGCACUCCCAGGGAAAGGCCACAUGUCAUGAGCUUCCUGGUGCUAUAAUCUAUCCAAUAGAUUUGAUAUACUCUUGUUGCUAAUUCAAAUAUUUUUAAUUCAAGUAUUUUUAUUUUAUGUCACUAAAAAUGUGAUGGGGGAAAUGUCUUUCUACCUAUCAUUGUCCUCCAAAAUGGUGAUAUGACACACAUGGGUAACUCAUUGCUUCCUCUGUGUUCCUGUGCUCCCUCACCAGCUGACUCCUCCGCUCCUUAUGUACCAGAUGAGUACCUCUGUAUUAAAAUCAGAUAGUAAUCACAGCUUGUCUUUGUGUGGCAUUAAUAAACGGCCAAACUCA